AAAAAAAAAAACAAUACACUCUUUGUCACAUAGAGCCCAAAGAUAAGGAGAGAAAGAGACUGUGACACUCCACCUCAAAACUCUCUCUCUCUUCUUCAUCAUCUUCAUCAUCUUCUUCGUCCUUCAAUUCUCUCUCUUCUGCAACACAAACAAACAAAUGGGUUCAAUGUCAAACCCAAACCCAUGGUCACCAUACGAUUCAUACAACGAUUGCUCUCAAGGAGUCUGCAACAUCUACUGUCCUCAAUGGUGUUACCUCAUCUUCCCUCCUCCUCCUCCUUCUUUCUUCCUAGACGACGACUCUUCCUCCUCUUCCUCCAACACUUUCUCCCCUCUUCUCAUCGCUCUCAUCGGAAUCCUCGUCUCCGCUUUCAUCCUCGUCAGCUACUACACUCUCAUCUCAAAAUACUGCCAUCGCCACCACUCCUCAGAUACUUCUACUCUUAACCUUAAUAAUAACAAUCGUAACGGUGUAGGUACCUUCUCCUCCACGCAAAGACUCACCAAUAGUACUGGAGAUGGUCUCAACGAGUCUACGAUCAAAUCAAUUACGGUUUACAGAUACAAGAAAGGAGAUGGUUUCGUUGAUGGUUCUGAUUGCUCUGUUUGUUUAAGUGAGUUCGAAGAGAACGAGAGCUUGAGACUGUUGCCGAAAUGUAACCACGCCUUUCAUCUUCCUUGUAUUGAUACUUGGUUGAAGUCUCACUCUAACUGUCCUCUUUGUCGUGCUUUCGUCACCGGAGUUAAUCACACCACCACCGCGGAUGAUGAUGCUGACUCAAGACUCGUUAUAGCUAACCGAACCGAACCGGAAUCGGAAAUUGAUUCGAAUUUAUCCGGUUCUCAAAACCAAACCGGUGAUUUCGGUUCCGUUGUCGUGAUCCAAGAUCUGGAAACCGGAUCUCGGAAUAGUAGUAGCGACGACGGUAGAUCGGAAUUAGAGGAGCAACGACGGGAGAGUAAGGAUGGAGAGUCGCAGCCGAUUCGGAGAUCGGCGUCGCUGGACUCUGGUGUAGUGGUUUCGAUCGCUGAUGUGCUGAGAGAGAUUGAUGAUGAGGAGGACGCAGGCGGCGUCGGGACUUCGCGACGGAGAGAAGAAAGGGGAGAAGGUGACGGCGAUGGGAAGACGACGACGAGUUCGACGACGGCGGCGGCGGGUGAGAGAAGCGGAGUAUCGAGUUUUGUGGUGAGGAGUUUAUCGACGGGGAGAUUUGUUUUCUCGAGGUAUGAUCGAUCGAGAAAUUACCGUUUACCCAAUUAAAUUAAAACACGUGUCAUUUUUUUUUUUUUACUUUUUUAUUUUAAAGUAAAUGUUACUAUGAAUGAAACAUAAACUUAAAUAUCAUUUGACUCUUUUUUUUGUUGUUGUUAA